AUGGUUACGUCAUCCCAAUUGCAUUUACUGGUCUCUAAUUCCACAUUGUUCGAUGACUAUGGACGAUCCAUUAGCCUCUCUUCAGGUAGAGACUCCUCUGCUAGCUCGAACUCUUCCAAGAUUGUAACAGCUGUCCCCAAGGCUGAUGUGCAGGAAGAUGCUGCGGGUGGUGUCCAGAAAUUUCGUGUCAAGUUGUUGGCUGAGACUUACGGACAGACCACAACUGAUGUUCUUUGUCAGAUUGGUUUGGAUGGCCUCUGUAUGCUUGAUCCAAGUACUAGCCGGAAUUUGAGAAUAUAUCCUCUUGAGAACAUCACAAGAUGCGUGAAAUUAGAUUCUUCUAUUUUGGCCUUUUGGUCUAAGACUCCGGUAGACAUUGAUGCUAAGCGUAUUAGACUGCAAUCAAAUAGUUACACCACCAACACACUUCUGGACACAGUGAUAGCUGCAAUGUUUCAGGCUAAGGAGAUUGGGGGAAGUAGCAGACCUCCUGACUCUGUAAAGCUGGUGGAACAAUCAGCUGAGAAGAAGAAAGGAUUGGGUGAUUGGAUGAACAUUAUAAAUCCUGUAAAUGAGGAGAAAGAUCACUGGGUCCCUGAUGAAGCUGUUUCGAAGUGCACAUCGUGUGGAUCAGAUUUCGGUGCAUUUAUGCGAAGGGUUCAGGUUCCAAUCUCAGGAUCAGAGACCAUCGAGUGUGGUGUUUGCCAAAACCCUUUCCUUGUUACCGCCCAUUGAUCUUCCUACCUUCUUUUAUUCUGCCUUGACAUAUAUUACUAAGCAAACCUAUGAGGUUUUGGGUCAUUUGGUUAUUGAAUUGGGUUUGAUCACACCAAAAAUAAGUUGUUGGUCGUGUCUCAUGUGGUGCUUCCCCUUUUUGUGUAUAUGAAAGCCUUUCGAGUGUUGGGCUGAUUGUCUGAUUUACUGAUCCAACCUCUAAUAAAUGUCUAUGAACAUUUACAUGCUCUGAGAGAUAUAAGUUCUAUAUGAUUUCAUUGUUCAUGUAAAAGCUAGAUACUAAGAAGAAGGGAGUUCCAUGGUUGUAUAACAUUUAUGUCUUUACGAGCUGAUCUAUAGUAUAAUGCGUAUUAUUCUGUUA